AGCUCUUCAUGCUGUCUACGUGUUUUCAAUCACUUGCAAAGGGAAUGGUGCGCGCAACCUCCCUCGCUCCUCAGGUUUUCUCCGCCUCAUUUGCCACUGGAUUGAAGCUUGGAGAUGGGCAGAAAAGACCGUCGUACAAGUUGUUCACGAUCUUCCGAUACAACCCUGAUAAGGACGUCAAGCCUCACUAUGAGAAAUACGUUAUUGAUCUGAACGAUUGUGGAACCAUGGUGUUGGAUGCUCUGUUCAAGAUCAAGAACGAGCAAGAUCCUACUUUUGCGUUUAGAAGAUCGUGCCGUGAGGGUAUUUGCGGUUCGUGUGCCAUGAACAUUAACGGCGAGAACGGUUUGGCUUGUUUGACUAAGAUCCCCAAGGAUAAUAAGGUUUGCACGGUGCGUCCUCUCCCCCACAUGUUCGUCAUCAAGGAUCUCAUCCCCGAUAUGACGAACUUCUACGAGCAGUACGCGUCGAUCAAGCCGUGGUUGCAGAAGAAGUCGGCUGUGAGCACGGACUACAAGGUGGAGAACCUGCAGUCGCACGAGGAUCGUCUGCUUCUGGACGGUCUGUACGAGUGCAUUCUCUGCGCCUGCUGCUCGACGUCGUGCCCGUCGUACUGGUGGCACGGCGAUAAGUAUCUGGGCCCGUCGAUUCUGCAGCAAGCGUACCGAUGGAUCGCCGAUUCGCGUGAUGAGAUGACGGAGGAGAGACUGAAGAGUCUGGACGAUACGUACAAGCUGUAUCGAUGCCAUGCGAUUAUGAACUGCACGCACGCUUGCCCCAAGAAUCUCAAUCCGGGAAGAUCGAUCCACAAGCUGAAGCAUGCCAUCCAUAAGAUGCACUAAUUAUCUUUUAUGCCUUGUUUGGU